GUCAAUGUCCACAACUCGCACAAGUCGCUGCGAAUUUUACAUUUUCAUUUUUAAUUAUUUGUUCAAUGUUCAGUUUUCAAGCAAACGUUGACUAAUGUUGUCGAUUGGUCGGACUUAUUGAUAAAGUUCAGUUUUCUUUGCGAUUUUUUAAAGUUUUUAUAAAGAUUUUUAGUGCCUUUGUGUAAGAACAUAAAAAAUAGUUAAGGCUCAAAUUGUGUUACUGUGAUUAAAUAAUAAAUAAUUUUUUUACUUUUUACGGAUACCUUCAUUUUAAGCAUUUAAUCAUUAAAAAUUUCGCUAAUUGGAUGUUCGUAAUUUUUUCUGACGGACGCUAUGCAAAAUUCGAGCGAUAAACUUUAAAAUCUGCUUAUUCUGUUUUGUGGAUAUUAAUUUGGUUGUUGAUCAUGGAGUCACUUAAACGAAAGGGCAGGCCACCCAAUCCCAGGGCUAAAGCAAACCCUUUGUCGGCAUUAACAUUUGCGUGGACAUUGCCAAUAUUUUGGAAUGGCUUUAAGAAGGAAAUGGAGGAGCAGGACUUGUUUGAACCACUAGAAGAACAUUCAUCAAGUCCUUUGGGCGACAAAUUCGCCCGUCUGUGGGAAGAAGAAGUCGCUCGUGCGGGAGCAAAACGCACGCCAAGCUUGCUAAGAGUCAUAAUGAAAGCCUACGCUGCACGUUGUAUGCUUUAUGGGUUUGUGCUACUGUUAAUGGAAUGUGGAAUACGGAUAGCUCAACCAGUAUUCUUAGGUAAACUAGUAGAAUACUAUGGCCCAGAACAGAAUACGAUGAAACCCAGAGAAGCCUUUAUAUAUGCUGGGGCUGUGAUUCUAUGUUCUGCUCUUAAUGUGUUCGUGACACACCCAUACAUGAUGGCAAUUUUACACAUGGGCAUGAAGUUCAGGGUUGCUUGCUGUUCUCUCAUUUACAGAAAGUCGUUAAGGCUUUCCAAAACAGCUCUUGGAGAGACAACGGUCGGCCAAGUUGUGAACUUGUUGUCUAACGACGUGAACCGCUUCGACGUGGCUAUCAUCUUCCUACAUUACUUGUGGAUCGGGCCACUGGCCACCAUCAUCAUCGCGUACUUCAUGUGGCUGGAGAUUGGCUGGGCGGCGGUGGUUGGAGUCGGGUUCAUGCUUGCUUUUAUUCCUCUGCAAGCUUACUUUGGAAAACGAACCUCUGUGUUGCGACUUAAGACCGCCUUGAGAACCGACGAGCGUGUCCGACUAAUGAAUGAGAUUCUGUCCGGUAUACAGGUCAUCAAAAUGUACACGUGGGAGAAACCGUUCGCGGAUCUCGUGGCUAAAGCGCGAAAACAGGAAAUCAAACAGAUCCGCGCAACGUCGUAUAUACGAGGUGUUUUAACGUCGUUCAUAAUGUUUACAACGCGCAUCUGCCUUUUCUUCUCCAUCUUAGCGUUCGUGUUGGGUCAGAAUAACAUCAUUACCGCCAAGCAAGUGUUCGUAGUAACCAGCUUUUACAACAUUCUGCGUCAGACUAUGACCGUGUUCUUUCCACAGGGUAUUGCUCAAGUAGCUGAAGCAACAAUAUCGAUUAAACGUCUUCAAAGCUUUAUGCUUUACGAGGAUACAAGUAAACCAGUGCCGGGCCUUGCGGAGAUACAGACAGCCGCCAAGAAAAAACCAAAAGAAGGAAAAGAAGAAGAAAGCAAAGAAGAUAUAAUAACAGCUAAAGAUGAACUGCAAUCACCAGAUGAAAAGAAUCCAGUUAAAGAGGUGGUCGAAAGUAGCGAACAAAAAGAUGAAGCUAAGGGUAAUGGUAACGCUACUCUUGCUCCUCUGGAAUCGGGCGAAGACGACGACGAAGAGCUGGCCACGCGCGUGGAGGAGGACGCGCGGGGCGUGCGGCUGCGGCACGCCACCGCCAAGUGGAUCGCGGCGCACGCCGAGAACACGCUCACCGACAUGUCGCUCACCAUCAAGCCCGGCAAAUUAAUAGCAGUAAUAGGUCCUGUGGGCGCCGGAAAGUCUUCGCUUCUACACGUAUUAUUGCGGGAGCUACCUUUACAGUCUGGUACUGUACAUGUUGGCGGCACGGUAUCCUAUGCAAGCCAGGAGCCAUGGUUGUUUGCUGGAAGCGUUCGUCAGAAUAUACUUUUCGGUCAACCGAUGGACCGGCCGAGGUACAAUGCCGUCGUUCGCCGUUGCGCUCUAGACAGAGACUUUGCACUAUUCCCGCAUGGAGACAAGACCGUCGUCGGUGAGAGGGGAGUCAGUCUCAGUGGAGGUCAACGCGCCCGGAUCUCACUAGCCCGUGCGGUGUACAAACGCGCGGAUAUAUACCUGUUGGACGAUCCGCUAUCGGCAGUGGAUGCGCAUGUCGGCCGGCACCUGUUCGAAUCCUGCGUAGUCGGCUACCUGCGAAACACCACUCGCAUCCUCGUCACACAUCAGCUGCAAUUUUUAAGGGACGUUGAUCAGAUUAUUAUAUUGAAGAACGGUUCAAUAGCAGCGGCGGGUGAUUUUGAAACAUUGAGCGCUUCUGGUCUUGAUUUCGCAACGUUGCUCGCGCGAGGCGAACAAGAGGAAGAGAAACCCAAACAACCUCAAGACGCAAACACCGAACUAGAAGAUUCUGUGCUUCAGGGUAGUUUCCGCAAACGGCAAUUGAGUAUACAUUCUGUGAGCUCGGUGGACAACGUGACGGGCGCGGCGCCGCCGGAGGGCGGGCGCGAAGAGGCGGAGCUGCGGUCGGCGGGCGCGGUGUCGGGCGCCGUGUACGCGGCCUACCUGCGCGCCUGCGGACACCCGCUGCUCGUCGCGCUCAUGCUCGCCGUCACCGUGCUCGCGCAGCUGCUCGGCUCCGGCGCCGACUGGUGGACCAGCUACUGGGUGAACUUAGAAGAGGACCUUCCACGAUCGUUUAUGAAUGCGCUAGAUACAAAUAACACUACUGGCCCAUUGGAGCUGUCUGCAAACUUCACUAAUCCGUUGAUCGACAAUGCGGAAUUUGUUAGAUCCGGCCUUACACGAUACGAUUGCAUCUAUAUUUAUAGCGCGAUGGUGGCGGCGCUGGUGGCGGUGUCGCUGCUGCGCUCGUUCAUGUUCUUCUCGAUGGCGAUGAGCGCGUCCACGCGCCUGCACAACAACAUGUUCGCGUCCAUCACGCGCGCGCCCAUGCGCUUCUUCCACACCAACCCGUCGGGCCGCAUCCUCAACCGCUUCUCCAAGGACAUGGGCGCGGUCGACGAGGUGCUGCCCUCGGCUCUGCUCGACGUUUUGCAAAUUGGUCUGUCCUUAAUUGGUAUUGUGGUAGUGGUGGCGAUUGUGAACUGGUGGCUGCUUAUACCGACGUUGGCCAUUGGUUUUGUAUUCUACGGUUUGCGUAUCGUAUACCUGGCGUCGUCACGCAGCAUAAAACGCCUCGAGGGUGUGACUCGUAGUCCGGUAUUCUCUCAUUUGAACGCCACGCUGCAGGGUAUCACAACAAUUCGUGCGUUCGGCGCACAGGAGGCUCUAAUUAGGGAGUUCGACAACCAUCAAGACGUCCACAGUUCCGCUUGGUAUUUAUUCAUCGCAAGUUCGCGCGCUUUCGGCUUCUGGCUAGAUCUUGUGUGCGUUGUCUACAUUGCCAUUGUUACACUCAGCUUCCUCGUUUUCGACAAAGAGGAAUACGGAGGUAACGUGGGUCUGGCGAUUACACAAGCGAUGGGCCUGACGGGCAUGUUCCAGUGGGGGAUGCGGCAGUCCACCGAACUCGAGAACCAGAUGACUAGCGUUGAGAGGAUACAAGAAUAUUCGACAAUAGAAUCGGAGCCGCCCCUGGAGUCCGAGCCCAGUAAGAAGCCCCCUCCAUCUUGGCCGGAAGCGGGCCGCCUGGAGUUCAGGCGCGUGUUCCUGUACUACGCGCCCAACGAGCCGCCAGUGCUCAAGGACCUCUCCUUCCUCAUACUGCCCAAGGAGAAAGUCGGCAUCGUCGGCAGAACCGGCGCUGGCAAGUCUUCACUCAUCAACGCCUUGUUCAGAUUGGCAAAACUCGAAGGAGAGAUUAUAAUCGACGGACGCGAAACAUCAAUGCUAGGGCUUCACGAGCUUCGCAGCCAGAUCUCCAUCAUCCCACAGGAACCAGUAUUGUUCUCGGGUACCAUGCGACACAAUCUCGACCCCUUCGAUGAGUACCCGGAUCAGGUGCUCUGGCGCGCUUUGGAAGAGGUGGAGCUGAAGGAGGCGGUGAUGGAGCUGGCGGCGGGGCUGAGCUCGCGCAUGGCGGAGGGCGGCGGCAACUUCUCGGUGGGGCAGCGCCAGCUCGUGUGCCUGGCGCGCGCCAUCGUGCGCCGCAACCGCCUGCUCGUGCUCGACGAGGCCACCGCCAACGUCGACCCGCAGACUGACACAUUAAUCCAGACAACAAUAAGGAACAAAUUUGCUGAUUGUACAGUCCUUACCAUCGCGCAUCGGCUUCACACUGUAAUGGAUUCAGAUAAGGUAUUGGUAAUGGAUGCGGGACAAAUGGUGGAAUUCGAUCACCCGCACAUUCUGCUCCAGAAGAGCGACGGCUUCCUGCGGUCCAUGGUGGACCAGACCGGCCGCGUCAUGGCCGAAACGCUCGCCAGAGUCGCACAACAGGCAUACGAACAAAAGUAUCAGUGGAAAACAGACACCACACACUGAUCGUUGGAUAAUUUAACAUAACACAUUAAGUGUUCCUGUAGGUAAUUCUGAAGGUCUGAAAAGGUCGAUGACAAUUUUAAGUUUAAGAAAUCAUCUUUGUAAGAGUGUAACUUGGACAACAUAUUAUUUUGGGCACAGGACAUAGCGUCAACGUUUUCGUAUCAAGGCAAUAGCUACGGGUCUUAAUGUAUUUUACGAAUAAAAAUAGUGAAGAUUGACUGUAUUUCAUUCACUUAGUUUAACACAUGAAACAAUAAUGAAUUACAUUUGAUGGUAGCACAAGAAUAUUAAAAUUUAAAAACAUUUUAUACAACCUUUUCUAUCGUUUUUAUCUCUCGUUUCCAAAUCGUCUAAAAUCGUUUUUAUCUCUUCUUUUAUUUUAAGAACAUUACAGUUUUAUAAUAAGAACAUCUUAAAUGUUAUUCAUUUUUGUAACAUGCUCCUAGGAGUUUACAGUAUUUGUUGAAAAUAUUAGAUCCGUAAUAUAAUAUUACUAAUAUUUAAUUCAAGAAACUAUGUUCUUACCAUUUUAAAGUAAAUUCACUUUGUUCUUUAUAAAAAUCAAUGAUAAUCUUUGUCUUCAGAAUAAUAAAAGUUAGAAGCAAUUUUUACAUACACAGCUAGGUAGAAUUUAGAGCUCCGAAUGCGCUAAACGCUUGCCCUGUUUUGUUGUUUUCAAAGAGCAAUCACAAAAUUUAAAUGACUUCAUUACAAACUAACUCUAUUCAUGCCUGCCAUUAUACACGAAAGUUAUUGACUAAUUAAAAAUCGUUUAUUGUUAUAAAUAAUAUUUUGAUGCUACUUAAUAUAAACAAAAUAUUACAUUAAAUAAUUCGGUAUUAGUUACUAUAUAUAUACGCGUCGAAAUAUUUUUAAGAAUAGAAAGUGAUUGUAAUUAUUGAUAAUGUUGUACAAAUUAUUUGUACAGCGUGGUUACCUACAAAAUAAUGUAAUUACGAAAUAUCCUAGUGAAUAAUUAUUGUAUUCGAAUACUUGAAAUUGAAAAAACAAUGAGCUCGAAUAUUAUAUAAUUGUAUGUAUAAUAUUGUAAUUUAAUCAAUUUUACAUAAUCUCGCAAUAUUUUUGCACCUUUUAAUCUGCUCCAAGAAUAUCAUGAAUCUUGUAUUGUGUGUAUCGUUUGUGUAAUUUAUUAUUAGUUUUAGCGGUGCUAAACUUUUGUGUACUUAAUUAUAAGCUGGUUUGAUUUAAAAAAAAAUGCAAAAAACUUUAUUUUUCGGUGAUAAUAAAAAACCAAUGAUUUUUACUUAAACAGAAUUAUUUAAUAAUUGUACUUAGGUUUUAAACCAACAUUUUUGAACCUUGAUUUUUCUAUAAGAUGUAAAAUAAUAAUAAAUGAUAAUUUUGUGUGAUACUGAAUUUAGUGAGAAAUGUGUUAUACAGUGCCUGCUACUUGCAAAACUAUGUAAGUCUGUUAUUUGUUGAUUAUUGCAACAUAAUACAUUUUUAUAUUUAC